AAUCAUCGGCUCGUCCCCCACUAGACAUACAUGGGAUCAAGUGGGUGUUCGCUGGUAAGUUCCGAUAGGAUCCUCGUGUUCCAUAGCUCCCACGUUGGAUGUGGUCCCUGAUAAUACGCCUCGUAGUGACGGCCAUAUUGUCCAGCCUGUUCUUAUUCACGCUGGAUCAGACGAUUGUCGCUGAUGUUCAGCCAAACAUCAUCGCCGAGUUUGGUUCGAUCAAUAAAUUGCCUUGGCUCUCGGUGUCAUUUCUUCUCGGAACUGCGAGCACGAAUCUGCUCUGGGGACGGAUCUAUAGCCAAUUUAAUCCCAAAUGGAUCUAUAUGCUCUGCGUAGCGAUGUUCGAGAUCGGUUCGACCGUCUGCGGGGCCGCGCCCAACAUGAAUGCACUCAUUAUCGGACGUGCUCUGGGCGGCCUGGGCGGUGGAGGAAUGGACUUGGGCGUGAUGCUGAUGCUGUCCCUGUUCAUGACGCCUCUGGAACGACCGAAGUAUAUCGGCAUCAUCGGGGUGAUAUUCGGUUUUGGCACCGUCCUCAGACCGGUCAUUGGAGGCGCCUUUUCAAUUUUAUACACCCAGAAUCGCAGCCUUAACGGUUUUCAAAAACGGAGUCACGCUUUUGCCCUCCAAUCACCUACGAAACAUCGGACCUACUUUAAUCUUGCAAAGUUCCUCGACACAUAUAGCCAGUAA